AUGCGCUGGCAUUCCCCGAGGCCGUGGGCCUUGUUGGCCGUGAUUCUGGCAUCAUUCUUUCUAGAUGUCCAGGCAGGCCAGGACGUCAAUGGGAAGCCAGUCCUCAAAUUUGGUGACGCUGUCCCCAUUGACAGCCCCAACACCUACUAUUCAGACUUGCACCCUUGUCCACAAGCAUGCUUGGGCAGCAAGCCCGAGUCGUGGACUGUGUACCCUUCUGUCGAGCGUCUGGCCUUCUGCAACCAGCCUAUGUUGUUUAGUAUGGCCAUUCACAACCCAGUGGGUAGCGACGGAACCACGGUGAAGAUCAGAGCAUGCACAGCUGGCACAGAGAGCGAUGCAAAUACCACCAUCAAUAGCUUGUUUGCCAACAAGACCACUAAUCACCCCACAAGAAUAAAGCGCGAUAAGAAGGAGACUUGCCAGAAUUUCCAGGCGGGGGAGACUGUAAUUCCCCUCAAGUUCAGCCAGCAGGGGUCCAACACAGGGAAGCUCGAUGGCACCACCGCCGUUCUCGACUGUCUCCAGAGCUAUAUGGAGAAGGGUUCUCCUUGCCAAGAUCAGCCAACCCUAUUUGCGUACUCCAAUGGAACUGUUGCUGGUGUUUACGUUGGAUCAUCCUUUGACAGAAUGUCGCUCGCAUCUAUCACCUCAAGUCUGUCACAACAUGUCAGCACCAAUGGAGCCUCUGAGACUAUGAUUGCGCAGCUCUGUGGUGAUAAACGCAAUGCCAACCAUGUGUUGGGUAUUGCCAUCGACACUACCGGGAACAUCGCCACUGUACAGAAUGCUUUGGUAUCCUGGACUCGACACGGACAGUGUGUUGAGGGCCUCAAAAGCUCGGCUAUCUGGUAUAAUGUCAAAGUUUGGGAGUCGACUGUGGAUUUGAAACCUCUUUUCUCCAUAAACAACACCACACUCCGAUCGUCUACCCAAAGGAAUUCCUCGGCAUUACAUAGACGUGCUGACUGCACUACUAUCACUGUGGUGGCGAACGAUGGCUGUGAUACACUUGCGAGCCGUUGUGGUAUUUCGAGUGCCGACUUCACAACAUACAAUUCGGCAGAUGAUACAUUCUGUUCAAACCUUGUACCUAGUCAGCGCGUAUGCUGCACAGCAGGAACCCUGCCCGAUAUUUCCCCUAAGCCCAAUGCUGAUGGCAGCUGCGCGACAUACCUCACGACAGACAACGACAACUGCGACGCACUGGCGGCAGAGUACGGUUUGACUGUGGACAAACUAGAAGAGUACAAUAAGGGCACCACCUGGGGGUGGAAUGGAUGCAGCAACCUGUUUACGGGGGUAAAUAUCUGCCUGAGUAGUGGCACCCCGCCAAUGCCUGCUCCUAUUGACAAUGCGGUCUGCGGCCCAACCAAGCCGGGAACGUUUGCUAUCUCCGGAGUGGAUCUUGCCAAUCUCAAUCCAUGCCCUCUUAAUGCCUGCUGCAACAUCUGGGGCCAGUGUGGUGUCUCUGCGGACUUCUGUAAUCCAGAGCGCGGCCCUGAGGGCAAUCCAGGAACCUCUCCUCCGGGCACUGCUGGGUGCAUAUCCAGCUGUGGAACUGCCGUCGUCAAGAGUGACACUCCACCAGCUCAAUAUGGCCGUGUAGGAUACUAUGAGUCGUGGAACUAUGACCGAGGCUGUCUCUUUCAACGAGCGAUCAACGCCAAUACUGACGGGACCUACACGCAUAUCCAUUGGUCCUUUGCCAACAUCAACACUGCCGAUUGGACAGUCGUCAUUGACGAUCCAGAUAAUCAGUGGGAACAGUUCAAGUCUUUGGGUGUCAAACGGGUCGUCUCCUUUGGUGGUUGGAGCUUUUCGAAUGAUCAGCCUACAUACGAUAUCCUGCGGGAGGCCAUGUCCCCCGCCAACAGGGGAACCUUUACCCAGAACCUGGCCAACUUUCUCACAUCUGAGGGAAUUGAUGGGAUUGACUUUGACUGGGAGUAUCCAGGAGCCACCGAUAUCCCCGGCACCCCACCAGGCUCCGCCAGCGAUGGGCCUAACUAUUUGAAGUUCUUAACGACAAUGAGGUCGAAGUUACCUAAUGGCAAGACAAUGUCCAUCGCUGCCCCUUCGUCCUAUUGGUAUCUCAAGAACUUUCCCAUCAGUAGCAUGGCCAAUCAGCUAGACUACAUCGUGUAUAUGACAUAUGAUCUCCACGGUCAAUGGGAUGCCGGUAAUAUGUGGACUAAUCCUGGCUGUCCCACAGGAAAUUGUCUUCGCAGUCAUGUGAACUUCACGGAGACUGUCGAUGCUUUAGCAAUGAUUACCAAAGCUGGCGUACCAACGAACAAAAUCUUCGUCGGCGAAUCAAGCUAUGGACGAUCGUUCCUAAUGUCAUCUGCGGGCUGUACCCAGCCGCACUGUUUGUUUGAAGGCGACUGGCUCAACUCUCCAGCCGAGCCAGGCCGUUGCACCCUAGAACCAGGAUACAUUGCCAACGCUGAAAUCGACGAAAUCAUAUCCGCCGGCGAUGAUGUAAUGGCAUGGCACGACGAUGCAUCGGACUCGGACAUUGCUGUCUACGAUGGCAAUCAAUGGGUGGCGUAUAUGACGGAGGCCACCAAAUCGAAGCGACGAGAGGUUUAUCAAGGGUAUAACUUCGCCGGAACCAUCGACUGGGCAACCGAUCUGCAGGCAUUCACGGAUGAUGAAGCCCAGGGCCCAGAUGGUACUGAAGGAAGCGACCAGCCCGCAAUUCCACUAGCGGAUUGCAAUGCUUCCUACGACAGUCUUGACGCCAUUGAGGCAGACGCCAAUAACAUCCCUCAAGAAUGUCUUGCGCAGUAUAUUGUGAAGCAGUUGAAGAACACCCUGGACGAUUCUCUCAGUCGCUAUGACCAGCUUCUGGCCGGAGACUACGACAAGAGCUUUGACGUUUACGCCAAGGCAGUUGUGAACAGCGCAGGCAGGGAGGUAGAUGACUUCAUGGCAAAACACGGCAACGACUAUUUCACCUGCGAUAUCACCGAGGAAAUCUGGUGCUGUGCUAAGUGCAAGGGUCUGGGCCUCACGGGCAGCGCGGAGUGUCGGUACUGUCAAGACUGGAACUGCGGCUGGAACGACAACUGCAACGGCAACACUGGUGGCGGAGAAGGUACAGUCACUCCAUGCCCUAACAUUAAAUCGCGUUGGCAGAAUUUCACGGAGCCUUGUGCGCCGGACUACUCUCUGCGUGGUCAGACUGCGCCCGCGUCCGGUUACAAUUGGAAUGAGGCGGUAUACUGGUCUCUACGUGAUGAUAAGGCAGAUCAGUUCUGGGCCGACUUAUACUCCAACAUCGGUAUCGCCAAAGAGAACAUCAAAUUUGGGAAUAAGCAGUACGGAGAGUGCGCGCCGUCCGAUGACCACUGUUGGGACCACGACUAUGAGCAUAACUACCCUAUCCCCGUGGGAUACGACAAGAGCGACGUGAUUAACCCGAAGGACAUCGUUUCCAAAGCUCGUGAAAAGCUCAACGGACUCUCUCCGCAGUUAGAUGACGUUCUUCAUCAGAUGCGCACCUGGUGGUAUCUACCUGACGGUAGUGACCUCGCCGAUGCUCUCUCACUGCCGGUGUUCAUGAUAUCAGAUGCUGUGGACAGCAUGGAGAAAAUCAAGGACAUUGCCGAUGAAAUUCAGGAAGAACAGCGCAAGUCAAUUAUCCUCGGAUUCCUCAGCGCAUUGUUCUUCUUUAUCCCCGUUGUUGGCGAGGUCGUGGGCUCCUUUGUCGAACUUGCGAACAUCGGUCGUAUCAUCUCGCUGGUUGGUGCAACAGGCAAUACGGCUCUGGAUAUUUACACUAUCGUUGGUGAUCCAGAGAACGCACCGCUCGCUAUCUUCUCGCUCAUUCUUUCUCCACUGGCUCUCACUGAUGUUGCUGCGAUGGCCAAGGCUGGCGGGAUUCGUCGUGGAAUGUCGGCUGACACGCUGAGGGCGUUUGGCGAUGUCAUUAAGGGACGAAUGGAUACCAUUACUCGGAUAAAGAAUGUGUGCAAGGCGGAAUGA